AUGGAUUCUUCUUCACUAAAUGUCUCUGCUUCUUCCACUCUUCUUUCUAAGUCACAAAUUCAAAACCCGUUUCCGUUUCUCUGCUCCGAGAAGAUCGACAAAUUCUCUGUUCACACUCGUGCCUUUGAGCUUUUUUCCUCUGCCUAUAAAGAUCUCUCUCACCUCAAAUCAAAGUUGCUCCUGUUGCUGGAGUCUGAGAAACCGGUGAUCAUCACCGGAGCUGCGUUAGGAGGAGCUGUUGCGUCUCUCUUUACGCUUUGGCUACUAGAAACUAUCGAUCCGAAACUAAAACGUCCCUUAUGCAUCACAUUUGGCUCGCCUUUAAUCGGUGACGCUUCUCUGCAACAGAUUCUUGAGAAUUCCGUGAGGAAUUCAUGUUUCCUUCACGUAGUUGAUGCUGCACAAUCUCUCAUCACGGCAGGUUUCAAACCUUUUGGAACGUUCUUGAUCUGUUUUGACUCCGAAUGUGUUUGCAUUGAUGACCCUGAGGCGGUCAUGGAGUUGUUAACCGGUGAUAAUACUGAUCUAGUAGACUACGGUGAAGUUCUACAUCGUCUGGACCGAUCGGUGUUGUCUAUGGCGGAUUCAAGACUGAUGAUUGACGAUGUUAUCGAACGAAUGGAGGAGCGUGCGGAAAAGAAGAAGCUGCGUUUUGAUUCGUUUAAGAAACUAAACGAGAUGAAGAUAUCAAUGGUGUAUAUGGAGUGGUACAAAAAGAAAAGCAAGAAGGUCAAGAUUGGUUACUACGAUCGGUUCAAGUCUCAAAGCGCGUCUCCCACUUCAGAGUUCGAUAUUGAAAUCAAGAAGCGCAAAACAGAGCUAAACGAUUACUGGGAGUCGAUAGUUGAAGAAGUAGAGAAGAAGCCUCAGAGCGAUAUAUCGAUUCUCAAGAGACGGUUUCUAUUCUCGGGGAACAAUUACAGACGGAUAAUCGAACCACUCGACAUUGCUGAAUAUUACCUCGAUGGUGGGAAAGAGUAUCGAGCCUCGGGGAGGUCUCGCCACUAUGUUAUGCUCGAGAAAUGGUUUGGAAAUGAAUCGAUAAAAGCGACUAGAAGUGCAAGUAGCGAUUUGAGUGAUCUUUUAACGUUUGAUUCUUGUUUUUGGGCUGAAGUUGAGGAAGCUAUGAUUGUAAUCAAUCAGCUGAAAGCAGUCAAAGGGAUGAGAGACGAGGUAUUGAUCGCAAAACUCGUGAAGUUUGAGGGAUACGUGUGGGGGUUGAUCGAAAAACGUGAGGUUUCGCCGGAGAUUUUCUUGGAGAAAAGCAGUUUCAUGAGGUGGUGGAAAGAGUUCAAAGAGAUCAAAAGAAGAAAUGGGUUUAAUUCUUCUUCACCUUCACAAUUCACAGAUUAUAUGAACGCUAGGAACUACGAGAGUUAUGGUCAGUUUGCUAGAGAGCAAUGGUUUACGCCUUAA